GCUUCAGGGUCUUUGAACACCUAUAAAUUCUCACAGUCUCACUCACUGGGACAUUUUUACUUUCAACUUUUUCGCCAACUCCUGGAUUCCCACACAGUCUCUCCAAGCAAGUUUGUGUCGUGGAUGUGGUCCAUAAUGGGGAUGCCUGGGGGUUUGUUGUUGUUCCUAAUUUUGCACAUUUGUACAAGAAGCAUUUCAGGGACACUUGUCACCAGUUGCGGUUCAUGUCAUGAUGAUGCUGCCUGCCUGGAGUCGGAAGAAAGAGGCGACUCUUUCAUCAACCACAUGGUCUCUUCUUGUGUCUGUAAAGAUGGCUUUGUAGGCGAUGGUCUCACCUGUUACAAUACAAAACUCUGUGGUGACUCUUCCUGCUGUAGCCAAGGUUAUCACUGGUCACCAGAAAGGGGCUGUGUGGACACCGAUGAGUGCUCCCUCCCAGACUCACCUUGCAUACCACCUCAGGUUUGCCAAAACACCCAAGGAUCUUUUCAAUGCCUGGAGCCCUCCUCCAGCCCCAGAUCGGGCCCCUCUUCGCAGUCUGUCCAGUUCAACUGUGGACAAAGUGUUUGUCCUGUAGGCUUGGACUGCAUCAGUAAUAAUGGCUCUCUGCGCUGUGCUGACCCCUGUGAGCACUACACUGCACUGAAUGAUGACUGGCGUUCAACAAAUAACACAUCCAAUCAGAUUCUACACUGUGACCGAAAUAUUAACUGGCAAGGCUGGUAUCGCCUGUUUCUGGAGCAAACCAGCGCUCAGAUUCCAGAGAGGUGUAUAGAUAGUAACAGGUGUGGAACCCAUGCUCCUCUGUGGAUAACAGAACCUCAUCCCACACAGUCAGGUCAAAUUGUAAAUCGAACUGUGUGUAAUAACUGGUCUGGCAGCUGCUGCUAUUUUUCCUCACACAUCAUCCAUGUCAAGCUCUGUUAUGGAAACUUCUACGUCUACAAACUUGUGCAGCCAUCCACAUGUCAUCUUGCAUACUGUGCAGAGGUGAACACAACAGCCCCUGGAGUUUCUACAACUACACCUGAUCCAAGACCACAGACCUCUGCUGCCAAUCAGGUCAACAGCACUACCAUAACAAGCCCAGGAGGUGAGGGGCAGGUCCGCCUAGUCAAUGGAAACAGUUCCUGCUCUGGUAGAGUAGAGAUCUUCCACCGUGGACAGUGGGGGACGGUGUGUGACGAUGCCUGGGGCCUGGUGGAUGCUCAGGUGGUGUGUAGACAGCUGGGCUGUGGCAGGGUCCUGUCAGCUCCAUCAAAUGCAGGUUUUGGACCGGGCAGUGGGCCAAUCUGGUUGGAUGAUGUCACAUGCACAGGCAGUGAAUCAAAGCUCACCCAGUGCAGCCACCGAGGCUUUGGAUCUCACGACUGUGGUCACCAUGAGGAUGCUGGUGUUGUCUGUGAAGCUGAUUCACCAGUGAGGUUGGUGAACUCUGACAACCGCUGUUCUGGCAGAGUGGAGAUCUUCCACCGUGGACAGUGGGGGACAGUGUGUGACGAUGCCUGGGACCUGAAGGAUGCCAAUGUGGUGUGUAGGCAGCUGGACUGUGGUCCUGCUCGCUCAGCACUACAAGCUGCAGCUUUUGGACAGGGCAGUGGACCCAUCUGGUUGGACGAUGUCAGUUGUUUUGGGAAUGAGUCAUCGAUAACAGACUGCAGACACCGAGGGUUUGGAGUUCACAACUGUGGUCACGGUGAAGACGCCAGUAUUGUUUGUGAAUUCCAACGCCCUCCACUCCAACCUUCUCAGCUUAUUUGUGGCCGUGAUAAACUUCAAGUAGGGCUGAAUUUGGCUGACCUGGCUUCCUCUGGUUUGAGCCCAUUCUCUGGCAACCUGGCAGCCCGCAACUGCUCCUGGGUCAGAGUGCGUGAUGAUGUAGUUUGGUAUGAAGUGGAGGCCACAGAAGGUGCUUGUGGAAACACGCUGAGGACCAACAGCACUCAUGCCAUCUACUCCAACAGUUUAUUUAUCUACCCAAUAAACAAUGCAUCCUUCGCCAUUCCUGUGAGUCUUCCCUUCUCCUGCGCAUAUCCCCUGGACACAGACACCAGCCUGAAUGUGGCAAUCAGACCAUUCCUGGCGACUGCAGGUGGUAUUUCAGGCACGGGUACCAAAGCCAGAGCCUCCAUGUUUCUGUUCCGUAACUCCAACUACACUGAGACUUAUGCAGCAGGGCGGGUCACCCUGCCAGUGGGCUCACCGUUGUACGUGGGCGUCUCUGUGGAGGAGAGAGAUCCAGGCUUUGUAGUUGUUCUGGAGGACUGCUACGCCACUCACUCAUCAAACCCUGAUGAUCCUAUGCGACACUUUCUCAUCCAGAACAAGUGUCCCACUGACCGCAGACAGGUGUCAGUGACUGAGAGCGGCUCGUCCCUCCAGGCUCGUUUCUCUGCCCUGUUCUUCCUGCUCCAGGAUGAAUACCGAGACAUUUUCCUUCAUUGCAGCCUCAGCCUUUGUGACCGAAAGAGCUCCUCCUGUGUUCCACCUUGCACAAAUAGGACACGUCGCUCUGUUUCUACCUCUGAACCUGUGGAGCCCCUCAGCAUUGGACCAAUUGUUUGGGACAAGUCACCUGAGUGAGCCGGUAUCAUACAGUGAUGAUACAAACAUAUUCCAUACUGUGAUAUUAUUUUGUUUUAAGAUGCUUGUCUAUUCAACAGAAAAAAAACAUACAAAUUGUAUAAUUAAAUCUUACCACACUUCGUAUAAUUCCUCAAUUAUAUCUCGUUUAUAAAUGUUGUGUUACUAAACCACAAUAAAAAAUAGGGUACCAUUA